GUUCCAAUUCGUUUUAUCUCGGGCAAGUUUUUAUAUCCUUCUUGUCUUCCGUGAUGCAACGACUCCGAGAUUCCGAAUUAUCACGCUGUCCUUCGGAAGUUUUUGAGAUCAUAUGUAAACUUGGCAAAGGCUCCUACGGGAGUGUUUUCAAGGCUCGUUAUAAGGCUACCGGUGGCAUCGUCGCCGUGAAAAAAGUUCCCGUAGAUAGCGACCUCACGGAUAUCGUCAAGGAAAUUUCCAUUAUGCAACAGUGCGACAGUCCGUUUAUCGUCAAGUGUUAUGGGAGCCUGUUUGAUAGCCAAGACUUGUGGAUUUGCAUGGAGUACUGUGGCGCCGGAUCCAUCGCAGACAUCAUGCGAUUACGCGGCAGAACAUUAAACGAAGACGAACUCGCCACUGUGCUUCACUACAGCCUGAAGGGAUUGGAUUAUCUACAUCAGAUGCGCAAAAUCCAUCGGGACAUUAAAGCGGGUAACAUUUUGCUCCUAAAUUCCGGAACAGCAAAGUUGGCCGAUUUCGGUGUGGCUGGCCAGCUGUCUGAUACUUUGGCCAAAAGGAACACAGUCAUCGGCACUCCUUACUGGAUGGCACCCGAAGUCAUCCAAGAAGUCGGCUACAAUUACUCAGCCGAUAUCUGGUCGUUGGGUAUCACUGCUAUCGAGAUGGCGGAUGGGAAGCCUCCUUUGGCUGACAUCCAUCCUAUGCGUGCUCUUUUCAUGAUUCCAAGCCAGCCUCCACCAACACUACGUAAGCCGAAUGUCUGGUCCAUCCAGUUUCGUAACUUUGUGGCUUCGUGUCUCGCGAAGUCUCCAGAAAGUCGUCCCACGGCGGCAGCUCUAUUGCAGACGGAAUUUAUCCGGAGUUCAAAAUCGUGUUCCAUUUUGCUACCAUUGAUAGAUGAAGCAAACGCAGCUCGAGAGAAACGCUUGAUUGAAUCAAAAGCAGCCAUUCUAGCGAGUAACCAGCCCAGCGUUCAAGGUGAGCUAGACGAGAAAAAUGAAGAAACCAAAGGGUCCGCUGACGACACUGCGCGUGACGACUGUCUAGAGGAUGACAGUGGAACCGUGGUACUGCAACAUACCCUCAACACAAAGCACAAAGAAAGCCCGAACGGCGUAGACGGGUGCGCUACUCUGGUUUCUGCAGACACUGGAACCUCCACCGGCAGUCGUGGCCCUUCCGAUUCAGGUGGGCGCACAUCCUCCCGGUUCCAAUAUGAUGAAGACGAUCUUGGAACCAUGGUGAUCAACCCCAGUGAAGAUGAGGACAGCGGCUCAGUGGUUGUACACGACACGGAGGGUUCUCUCUGUCUAGACGAGCAAGAGCUGGAAAGACGCGAGGCACUCGAAUUACUGGAUGCAGCUGUCCCGGCUGGUUCAGGCGGUACGUUGACACGAAACGCACUCAACCCCGAGGCUAUACUUCGAAGCGGGCAGCGUGGUAUAAGUGACGUUGAACCUUCGCCUCUGGGACAGCCAUUAGGAGCUCAACGCCCAUUCGCUCCAUUUUCACGUGCUUUGCAACCGAAUGGUCUCUUCCCCGGUGGACUGGCCAGUGAGCCUGGCGCACUUAACCGGCUUUCUUAUUCUGAACUGCAACAGCUUUUGAGCACGCUGACUGUGGACUUGGAAACGGAGCUCAGAAAUUUAGCUGUCCGAUAUCGGCACAAACGACAACCUUUGUUGGACGCGAUUGCUGAAAAAACUGCCCUGGUAACUGAAGCAAAAUUGUUGGAAACCGGCUAUUCAAGUCCGAACAAACUACCUCUGCCUACCUCCACGUAACACCAGAAGGCGCAUCAGUGGCAAUCAUCAGUGUCUUCCAGUUAGAGAAUAUGUUGCUACAAUGUGACUUAUACUUUAUAUCAUUUCACUCCAGUGGCUUUUGUCUUAUGUCUCCCAGUCGCUUUAAGUCAUCUGCAUUUCCAUCACCGCAGCCAUCACAGAAUCUAAAAACAAUACAGCGAAUUGUGCAGCUCUCAAACUAUUUGUUUUUCUUUCGCGUUGCAACAUUGAACCAUUCCAAACGGAGCUCACCAUCUUGCACGUCCACAAUCCAGG